GUGGGUGGAAAAUUCUGGUUGGAAGAACACACCCACACUGGUUAUUCAUUCGUUUUAUAUCUUCUCGAGGAAGACAAUAGUGAGCUGAGGCCAAAGGGCUACAAUGGCGUCCGGAGGAGGCGGUAGGUUCCUCUACCUGAGACGGGAGGUGGUUCCGUUCGUGGCGACGGUGGCGGCGGAGUGCAGCAAUGUGAGCGUCACCAUAUUCUACAAAGCGGCGGUGGUGAAAGGCUUGAGCUACCACGUCUACAUGCCGUACUCCUACGCCAUUUCUGCACUCCUCACUCUCCCGCUCGCCUACUUCUGCCACAGGAAUCAGCCGCUUCCUCCCUUCACAAUCGGUGUAUUCUGCAGAUUUUGUCUUCUCGGAGUCAUCGGGUUUGUGCAGCAAUCGUGUGGGUACAAAGGGAUUGAACUAAGCAACCCCACCCUGUCUUCUGCCAUGAGCAAUCUCAAUCCUGCAACCACCUUCUUCCUCGCCAUUCUCUUAAGGAUGGAAAAGGUGAAAGUGAGGAGCGUGAGCAGCCAGGCCAAGAUCAUAGGCACACUGGUCUCUAUCACGGGUGCCCUAGUUGUGGUGCUCUAUGAAGGCCCCCUGUUGAUCAGCAGCACGCACCUGCCAGACCUGGCGAGAUUAUUCCCCGAAGCUUCGACGACUUCCUCGCAGUCGCAGGCCAAUUGGAUCAUCGGAGGCAGUCUCCUGGCAGCUGGCUUUGUUCUCCUCUCCAUUUGGGACAUUCUCCAGGCUAAAUUUGUGAAGGAUUAUCCAGCUGAAUUCAUACUAGUUUUCUGGUACAAUUUAUCCUCCUUUAUGGUGUCCUUGCCGGUGGGAUUCAUCGGGAAGCCUGAUUUAAGUGCCUGGAAACUUUCCUUCGACGUCAAACUGUUAGCAAUCUUGUAUGCAGGAAUAAUGGGGACAGGCUUCGGCACCCUGCUUCAUGCGUGGGGAUUGCGCGUCAAAGGUCCCGUUUAUGUAGCAAUGUUCAAGCCAUUGUCCAUUGCUAUUGCAGCCAUCCUCGGCGUCAUUUUUCUAGGCGACAACCUCUACCUAGGAUGUGUUGUUGGAUCAAUCGUUAUAUCAAUAGGGUUCUACACGGUUAUGUGGGGGAAAAUUAAAGAAGACAUGAUUGGCAGCAGUGAAGAAUGCACUGGAGAAUCAUCAUCAUCAUCAUCCUCUUGUGAUGGAAAGGUCCCUUUGUUAAUUAAUGCAGCAAAUGUGCAGAUACUUUGAUGCAACUUGUAGAAACCAAUCAGCCAAGAAUACAUGUCUAAAUUUAUUUUCGAAUCAAGAAGGUGAAAUUCUAUAGAAUCUCCCAGAAGUGCAAUCGAUUUUGUUUAUUAAUUUAUAUGAAUUUUGAUAAAUUGAAUUAG